AUGAACCUGACUAACAGCAGAAUAUAAGAAUUUAACAAGCAACCCAGCAAUCAGAUACUAGAGAAUUAAAAAGAUAUUGAAAUUAUGGGGUAUAGUUCACCUCUUAAAUUUUCAUCAUAGUAUCAAAAUAGUAACCAGCAAAUCCCAAGCUAUUAAAAUUUGAGUUUUCCUAUAAAGAAAGGCAGUUCUUAAGUUUUAAACGAUAAGUUUAGAGCAGCUAGUAAUUUAUUAGGCAAGAGAUCUUUUUCAAAAAUUGCAAACAAUAAAUUAUAACCGAAGAAAUUCAGCCUCCCUUUAUCUCAUACAAAUCAUGAAGAUCAGAUUUAACUGUUAAUUCAAUAGAAUAAUUCAUCAAUUGAUCUUCUAGACAUGAUAUUUGAGAGCUCUCCCGCAAAAAAGGAAAGGGCAGAAAAUGAUAGCCUUAGCUAAUAGUCUUCAAAAAGAUAGUAAAAGAUAGCAAGAAAAUCAUCCCAACAAUUGCAAGCUCUGGAGAUAUUCUUUAAACAAAAUCCCUUCCCUUGGACUUAAGAACUUGUAGUUCAAGUAGCAACUGAGACUGGUUUAUCGAUGACCCAGGUUUACAAGUGGGGUUGGGAUUAGAGAAGUAAGCUUAGCAAAAGAUAUUUGCUUUAAUAACAUGCAUGUUAGUCACGGGUUCAGCAUCCUCAUUUUCCUCUACUUAUAUAAGAAUAAGAUAACUUAGAUUAGACCAUUUAGUAAUAGAGUCUUACUCAACUAUAAUAGAAUACUUCGAAUAUCGACAAGCUCAACUCUGAGUUUUCUCAGGCAGAGAUGCAGAGAUAUAUAAGACUGAGUACUGAUGAGUUCGGAGGCUAUUCAAAACCUAAAUGGAAUUAAUCGAAUGUAAGCUACAAUACUUAUGGUAGUAAUACUCUUAAAUAUUAAGAUGAAAAUCAAGCCGAUUCUCAAUUUUUGGAAGAUUAAAAAGAUGACGAAAAUUUAUGUAAACUAGUAGGAAUAGAUAUUGAAACCAAACUCUAGGAGCUUUUACUUACUAUCAAAUAUUAAGACUAGAAGGAAAGGGAGUAAGAUGAGACAAAUAAGGAAAUAGACAAAGUCUCAAUAUCUAAUGAAGAUUCCUAAUCUUAAAUUUAGAGUGCCUAUACUUAUACAAAUACUUUACAACAACAGAAAUUCAAAAAUUCUAUUCCUAAGCUGGCUUUUCAGAACUUUCAGUUGGUAAAUAGCCACCAGUAGCUUACUCUACCAAGAUCCAGACUGGAAUCAGAAAACUUCUUUUCUGAUAUGAGAUCAACAACCGCCAACACUAGAGAAAAUACUCCAUAAGUAUAAUUCAAUGAUGUAAAUACGCAUCAGAUCAUUCAUAAAAUUAAAGUUCAAUUGGUGAAAAGGGAUUUGCAAUGCCAUGAAGAACUUAUCAGUUAGACAGAGGAUUUAGAUUGUGAUAUUGACAAGGUAGGAGAUAUGUUUAGAUAAAGACUUAACUAAUAUAGAGCUAAUUUAGCAAGAAAAAUUUAACAAUAGAUACAACAAUAGACGCAAGCCACUGAAGCUUUAGAACACUCUCAAUGUAUCUAAUAAAGCAUGAGAGAUCAAAGUGGUAGUAACACUUAAGACUAAGCAUGCCUUUUUCUCAAAUCAAGUUAAAGUAUGAAAGAGAGUGAAAAUCCAGAAUAUCAAAGAGAACAAAGGUUAUCAUGCUAAUUUUAAGAGUAUUAAGAAGAAUUCAUUUUCCAAACUAUGAAUGACUCUAAAUCAAUCAAUGUAGAUGAAGUCAUUAAUUUUUCAUCAUCCAUCUAAGUAUCGUCAAGAAAUGAAAGACUAAUCCACAAAGAUUAGUCGUACAAUGUAAAAGAAGAUUAAAAGUCUGCUAAAUUAGCUUGA